CGAUGUCGUGCUCGGACAAGGUGGCGCGCUGGUGCGUGUGCGGGCUGCAGGGCGCGCUGCUGUCGCGGCUCGUGCUGCCCGUCUACCUGCACUCGCUCGUGCUCGGCUCGCUGCUGCACCCGCACCACAUGUACAGAGCUAUCUGCGGUCGCAUCGAGGCGUACAUCUCGUGCCUGCCGCCGCCGUUCCACCUGGCGCGGCCGCUGCUGUCGCGCGCCGCGAGCGCGGAGGCCCGCACCCCCGCGCGGGCGCCGUCCUUCAGCGUCGCCUGGUGCGCCACGCAGCCGCUGCCCGAGCUCAUCAACGCCACCACCGGCAAGCUCGAGAGCGGACAGCCCUCGCUGCUCUGCAAGCAGAGCAUGUUCGCGCGCUGGCACUACCUCGUCAAGCGACUGCCGCUGCUGCCGCAGGAGACGGACGGUGAGACGUUGCCGCCCGCCAUGCCGGACAACCCCGACACGCUGCUGUACAACGAGGCCAAGCAGAUGUGUCCCACAUACCAGUUGGCGAAGCAGCGUCUGAUCGAAGCGUUCGAGAAGGCGAAGCUGGGUCGCUGGAUCAAGCGGCCGCUGGAGCAGGACCAGUUCGUGUGCGAGGUGGCCGGCGCCGCGCCCGCGCUCCUGUUCGCUUAGGCGGGCCGCCACCCCCUCGCGUGUGACGUCACGCGACCCCCCCUGCCGAGCACCUCACGCACACACCGUCCGCAAUGUGAGUCCUCCGAGUGUACGGGUACUGAUGGCGAUAGAGUUAGCGAGCUGCGGCUGCCGCUGAACAAGACGCGUCCCACUGCGGGACCGCGCGAGUCUCAGCACAGCGGCUAUGUUGAUUGUUACCAUGGCAACGUGGGCAGUAGAGCCCUCGCGUACUACAAGUACCGCAGCAGUAGGGAUAACGUUAGUUUUACUGAUAGAAACACUCUCCGCAGUAGUGUCAGCACUCGCUUAGUGCAAGCUUCAGGUAAUAAUGUAAGUCAUAGACCUGUUGUCGAUUAUAAUAAUAUUACUACUAGUGUAAGAGAUGAGUUUAAUGAUAGUAUGUGUGAUCGUGACGAAGCGCUCGGUGACGAAUGGGAUGAUGAUGACGUAGGUCACGUGACACAGAGUAAUGAAGACUCAGACGUGACAGUCCUCAUGCACAAAGUAAAGCAAGUCACGUUAGGAGACGAUAAGAAGAGGUUCUGGAGCGAGUUCUACAAGAGCAGACAAGCGAAGCGAGCCGAUACCAAAGACUGUGACGUCACAGCACGCAGUAGUAAGUUUAAUGAAGAAGCACAAUUAGCUGGUAGUCAUAGUUGUAGUCGCAGCGUGGUUCAAGCCAAAGAGACGCCAGUCGAGCGCGAUGUUCUAGGAGAUAACGUACAUAGUGAAGAUUUAGUCAAUUGUAGUGAAGUCGUAAACGACAAUUUAGGAGCGUUAAGGCAGCCUAGAAACGUAAGCACUGACAGUAAUCCCGUGAGAGAUAAUGAUAAAGAGAAUAUAGUUAACGGUAGCAGAAAUAUUCUGUCAAGGAAACUGGCCGCUUACCACGCGAGUCGGUUUAGACAUGCACCAGUUAUACCGAACCAUGAUCUUUGGAGUUUAGAGCGUAUUGAUGCAGCCACUGAAGCUGAUUCUAAAGAUUAUUUCUUUAACAAUUAUAAUGAAGUCGCUGAACGCAAGCCGAGCGUCAAGAAUUCCCUCCUGUUACGAAGACUACAUAUUUACGAACAGAUCAACAGCAAGAUGAAAUGAGGUGCGUGAGGGGACCGGCUCGGCCGAUGUGUAUACCACUUUGCGUCACUUGGGUGACAGUACAGGAGUGAGGGGAGUAUCCCCCCCUCCCAUUACUCCCCCCCUUCUCUAAGUGACGUCACGCACGUUAAGUUGUGGGGAAUCUAAAUUUUUGUUUUGUGUUCGUGACACGGUCACGUAUUUGUAAUUUGCAAUUCAAUUUUUUUUUCUCAUUAAAUUUUCUCUUUUGUUUAGUUGAUUACUGUUUGAAGGUUAUUUUGGUUUGAUUUUGUUUUUCUUUUUCAUUUUAUUUCUUUACUUGACUUUCGUUCAUAUUGUUCUACAAUUGUCUCUCACGGAUUACUGGUCGUUAUUUCUUGACUUAGUUAUAGCUAGAUAUAUUACGUACGCCAUCAGACCCUGUGUGUAUAUGUGUGUGUGUGUAUGAGCGCGUGUGUGUGUGUGUGCGUGACGUUCUCGCCGCGCCUCAGUUGAAACGAUGAUGUCUACCAAAGCGAUGUUAAAGUAUUAAUGUUCAUAGUUGUCAUGUAUCCCUCCGCAGACGCUCGCCUGCACAACUUAUCAUAUUCUAGAUUUUUGCAAAAUCUUCAUUGUGGGUAAAAUGAUGCAGAUAUUAUUACGACGACACAAAAUUUCACAGUUGUCAAAUUCAUGGUGCAUCCACACAGCCUACACAGUAUUCAAGCAUGCAUAAAGCACCAUGCAUGCAUGUGUACUAUGCAUGUAUGAGCUCCAUGCGUGUAUGAGCAUCAUGCAUGCAUGUCUGCCAUGCGUGCUUGUGUACCAUGCAUGCAUGCAUGCGAGCGCUGCGGAAGCUUUGGUAGAGUAUCAUGCGCGUCGCGGCGCUACACGCGGCCGGUGUAGACCAACCUUGGAAGCAGAGUACCUGCGCUACGACGCUACGGCGCUACGACGCUACGCCGUAGCACUGCUACGCACAUUAGUGCCAUACUAAUUGAUACUAUUUCAAACUAAAAUCUGAUUAGUUAUAAAUAUUGCAAUUGUAUUUGUAUUCAGUCAAAAUUAUUGUAAAAAUUGUUUGCUUGUAUUAAAAGUUUAACUUUCAUUUAACUGUAAGCCAAUGUUUUCGGGUCAAUUCUAAAAGUCAAAAAAUAAUAAUUAAGUUUUUUGACCUCUACACAUUGGUCUUAAUGCAUGACAUAAUAAUUGAAAUGUACAUGUGUUCUAAUAAUAUUUCUGUCGAUACCAACAGCUAGCAUAUCUUAAAUUCUACCGUAUUACUAUAUUAAAGUUACCCUGUUCAGUAUUGUCUAAUAGUUUGCUUAGAUAAGGUUCUAUAUCUCUCUAAGAUCACAAUUACUUGUAUAUUUCCUUCAAAACGAGUCAUUUAGUUUAGUACAACUAAUAAAGUCGAUGACAGAAUCACGCCAAGGGUUGCACCAUUUAACUGUAAUGAUAACUGAACCGUAACUAGGCGUUAAAUAGUUCAAUGGUCAACUAUUUAAUAGCUGGUUAUUGAUUUAGUUAUCGUUAUAGUUAAAUGAUAGAAUCUUCAAUAAAUAUUUAAGACUUUUCUCAGAUUUGCCGAAAUGUAGACGCUAGGUUUUUUUUUAAAUUGUAAAUUUUGAUCACUUUAAUUCCAAGUUUCUUCUUGAUCACUUCACUUUUCUUAAAAUCAUUGUCUGUAGUGAUUCUUAGUGGAAUCACUGGCUAUUGUACUUAAUUCUCUUUAUCUUUAAUAAGUUCGCCUAUUCUGUGGUCGACUGUACACUUGCAUAUAUUUUCAUAACUUUUUGCUUCACACUGGUACCGCGCACUCGACAAUCCAGUUCAAAACUAUGGACUGUCAUUCAAAAUUAUAAAUAUUCAACCUUUUCUCUGCAAUAAAGUGUACCUGAUAUUCAUUUUGAAUUUUAAGUCUGCUCAUGAUUUUGGUGGUUAUUUUGACGACGGCUCAUUAUGUCGAGUACGCGUUCCUGUCUCUUUAUGUGUGCGCACUGCGUCUUUAAAUGCGAAUGAUUCAAUAUAGAACUUAAUACUUACCCUUGAUGGACAAAAUAUAAGAAAGAAAGAAAGAAAAACCAUUUAUUAUCACAAACGACGCAAAAGCAACAAAACAAAUAAAACUAAUGACAAAACAAACUGAUAAAAAUUUAGAUACGCUGCAUUUGCGUCACCUUGCGAAAAAGGGACAGCGCUCAGCAUAAAUGCUGCGCGUCGCGCACGCAGGCACGAGACAACAGCGCUGACCCGCGUGUCCUUGCCUCGGAGAGACAACCCUGGACAUGCUUAACGCUGUUUCGGCAAGGUACAUGUACUAACACAAAAUUUUACUUUUAAAUUAAAAACAUGAAUACAAACUAAACAUAAAACAUGACGAAAAAAUUUUACAAAAAAAAAUAAAAAUAAAAGUAUUAUAACAAAAAAAGACAGACAGAAUUAAUUUAAAAAAAAAACAGAAACAACCAAACCAUAGACAGCGCGGCACUAUGUUGUGUUUUGUCUGUGGCGCGGCGCGGCAACGACAAGUGUCAAAUGUGUUGAAUUUAUUGUGAAUGCAGUGUUUAUGUUGUUGAUAAAUAUGUGUGUUAUGUUGUGAUGCUGCGUAUGGAUGUGCUAUUGUGUAAGAGAGACGACCCACUGACCGAAAUACGUUCAAGUGGGGUGUAAAACAAUGCGCUAAUACGCUAUGGCUAUUCGGUAACAUAGGCGGGAGACCAUACAGUACAGAUUACAAUACGUGCAUAGCUUUCCAUCGACAUUUAGGACACAAACCGAGGUAAGAAAUACUACAAUUAACUUACUCAAAUAAUACUAAUAUAGAAACAAUGUAUAUAACGUAACUUCAUUUUUUCAUAACUCGUUGCCGUGACAUACCUACACUUAGCGCAACGCUAAGAUAUAUAAUUUCAUUACAAAUAAUUAUUAGUGCCUAACCCCGUUAUUUUAAUUUCUCAAUAUCACAAAUGAUUGAGUUUUUCUAAAAUCUGAACAUCUUAAAAUUGAAAAGAAUAUAUUUUUGCCAUAUAAAGCCAAAUUCAUCGACAAUAUAAACGUCAUUUUCAUAAAACAACUGUUUAUUUUGAAUUAUACGUUCAAUUUUCAAAGCAUACAGUUGUUUUAAAAAAAUACUGACGUUUAUAAUGUCUUCUCGCGGCAUUCGUAGGUAACUGUUAGUUUACUAAGAUUUCGCUAGAGGCGCCAGUGUGCACAUACUCUACAACAUUAUAGGUAGGUAUAUGAAUAUUUUGUGUUUAACUACAAGCAGUCAGCAUUAGCAAGCACUUUAUUAUUAAGAGUAAUAAAUCAUUUCCUUGUAUUUGUGUUGAGUUAAUUAUUACUAUCCUAACAAGAAGCGACUGCCUAUCUGACCUCCUCAACCCAGCCUUGCAACCUAAUUUACCUAGGUAAAUCAUGUAUAAAUGCAUUUGCGAAAUAGAGUUGAUUCUGCUUGUGAUCUCUCUCCGGUGGUGUCGGCUUGUCGUCACAUCUCGCUAUGAGAGUGAAGGAAUACUGAGUGCACCGCAGUACAAGCUAAUGCGCACAACUAUAAUAUGUUUUGCGCAGCUGAUCUUAGAAAACAGUCGUCACGUUGCCAAGAGCAUGGCAUGUUGCUGCCAGGAAGUGGUAACGUCGAUAAUAUAAUCACAUCCAAGGCACUGGAUCCCCGUCAAACACGGCAAAGCGGAUGAGAAAGAGAAAGCACCAUGUAAAUUACGAGCAAAAACAACAAAAGACACAGAGAAAGAAGAGAAGAGAAAGACAGCUUUAGCUCUGUGCUUCCUCUGCAAGAGAAAGAAGUUCAUUCCGGUGCCCAAGGAACCAUCCCUGCUCUCUUUAGCCACGACCCUCAAUGACAGCUGCUGUCAAUGCUGCCGGAUCCUGGCGUGUUACUUGAAGGAGGUGAUCAAUUGCCUCUUCUGCAUGAUCAACUGUCGCAUCCCCUGCAUGCAGUUCGAAGAGUUGUUCUGCGACCUCCUGGACGCGACAGGCUGUAUGUUCACAGACUUCUUUAAGUUCAUCCGCGCCUUCUUGAAGGUUUGCGUCGGGACUAAGGAUUAGUUCAUGUUCUGUCUUUGUGCUCGUUUUGUGGAAGCUGUGCGAUAAAUAUGUUGGAAUCUUG